AUGUCACUGCUGCCUCCCGAAGUCCACUCCGCCCUCUCUCAGUUGCUCCGCGGACUGAGCACUGCGGACAACACAGUCCGUGCACAGGCCGAAGAGCAGCUGGGCAAUGACUGGAUUCAAAACCGCCCAGAUGUCCUGUUGAUGGGCCUGGCGGAACAGCUUGAAGGUGCCGAAGAUACAGUUACACGUUCAUUCUCCGCUGUUUUAUUCCGAAGAAUCGCGACCAAAACACGAAAGGACCCCGUUACCAACGAGGCGAAAGAACUUUUUUCAACCCUUGCCCGCGAGCAGAAGCUGGUUAUUCGGCAGAAGCUCGUCACUUGUCUCACCACCGAAACCGCAAAUGACGUCCGAAGGAAGAUUGGUGACGCGGUGGCCGAGAUUGCCAGACAAUACACCGAAAAUGGAGACCAAUGGCCGGAAUUGCUAGGUAUCCUGUUCCAAGCCAGCCAAUCCCCCGAUGCGGGUCUUCGGGAGGCCUCUUUUCGCAUUUUCUCGACCACGCCUAGUGUCAUUGAGAAGCCCCACGAGGAUGCUGUCAUAGGCGUCUUCGGCAAAGGUUUCAAGGACGAUGUUGUUUCGGUGCGCAUCGCAGCCAUGGAGGCGUUCGCUUCCUUCUUCCGCUCUCUCCCCAAGAAAUCGCAGCCAAAGUUCUUUGGACUCAUGCCCGACAUGCUCAACGUUCUGCCUCCGUUGAAGGAGUCUUCUGAGAGCGACGAGCUCUCAUCUGCAUUCUUGGCUUUGAUCGAGCUGGCAGAAAUUAGCCCCAAGAUGUUCAAGGGGUUGUUUAACAAUUUGGUGAAGUUUAGCGUUAGCGUUGUCGCGAACAAGGAGCUUAGUGAUCAAGUCAGGCAGAAUGCGUUGGAGUUGAUGGCCACAUUUGCGGACUACGCCCCCGCGACGUGCAAGAAGGACCCAGAUUUCACAUCACAGAUGGUGACCCAGUGUUUGAGCUUGAUGACCGAUAUCGGUGAGGAUGACGAUGAUGCGUCCGAGUGGAAUGCCUCCGAGGAUCUGGAUCUGGAAGAAAGUGAUCUGAAUCACGUUGCUGGUGAACAAUGCAUGGAUCGACUUGCCAAUAAACUUGGAGGCCAAGUUGUUCUGCCAGUUACUUUCGAAUGGAUUCCGAAAUUGAUGUCAUCGGCGGCCUGGCGUGACCGGCAUGCGGCCCUCAUGGCCAUCUCUGCCAUUUCCGAGGGUUGUCGUGACUUGAUGGUUGGCGAGCUGGAUCAAGUCCUCCGCAUUGUUGUCCCUGCUUUGCAGGAUCCUCACCCACGUGUUCGCUAUGCUGGUUGCAAUGCCUUGGGCCAGAUGAGCACCGAUUUUGCGGGCACAAUGCAGGAGAAGUACCACGAAGCUGUGCUUACCAACAUCAUUCCGGUUCUCAAUAGCGCCGAACCUCGUGUCCAAGCUCACGCUGCUGCCGCGUUGGUCAACUUUUGUGAGGAGGCUGAGCGCAACGUUCUCGAGCCCUACCUUGCAAAUCUACUGCAGCACUUGUUGCAGCUUCUCCGCAGCCCCAAGCGCUAUGUGCAAGAGCAGGCCCUGUCCACUAUCGCCACCAUCGCUGACUCUGCUGAGAACGCCUUUGAACAAUUUUACGAAACCCUCAUGCCAUUGCUGUUUAACGUAUUGAAACAGGAGCAAUCCAAGGAAUACCGCUUGUUGCGUGCGAAGGCCAUGGAAUGUGCUACUCUUAUUGCCCUUGCUGUUGGAAAGAAUAAGAUGGGACAAGACGCGCUAGACUUGGUGCAGCUACUAGGCAACAUCCAACAGGGCAUAGUCGAUGCCGAUGAUCCUCAAUCGCAAUACCUGCUUCACUGCUGGGGUCGGAUGUGCCGUGUCCUUGGUCAAGACUUUGUUCCUUAUCUUCCCGGAGUUAUGCCCCCGCUUUUGGCAGUUGCUGCUGCAAAGGCCGAUAUUCAGCUCCUCGACGAUGAGGACCAGAUCGAUCAAGUGGAGCAGGAUGAAGGCUGGGAGCUUGUGCCGCUCAAGGGCAAGAUUAUUGGUAUCAAGACAAGCGCAUUGGAAGACAAGAAUACCGCCAUCGAGCUCAUCACCAUUUACGCGCAGAUCUUGGAGGCUGCUUUCGAACCAUAUGUGUUGGAGACGAUGGAGAAGAUUGCGGUCCCUGGAUUGGCGUUCUUCUUCCACGACCCCGUGCGAGUCUCGUCGGCGAAGUUGAUCCCACAGCUCCUCAAUUCGUACAAGAAGGCCCACGGAGUCCAGUCCGCUGGUUUCGCGGGAAUGUGGGUUAAGGUUGCGGAGAAGAUCGUCGAGGUCCUGAGUGCGGAGCCGACGGUUGACACACUUGCGGAGAUGUAUCAAUGCUUUUACGAAUCUGUUGAGGUUGUUGGCAGGAACUCUUUGGGCCCUCAGCACCUGCAGGCGUUCAUUCAGUCCGCGAAGUCAACCUUGGAGGAUUACCAGGCACGAGUGAAGACGAGAGCCGAGGACAGGGCUGAUGCGGAUGAUGGCGAAGAGGAGAACCCAGACUACGAGUACGCGAUCGAGGAUGACCAGAACCUUCUUAGCGAUAUGAACAAGGCAUUCCACACUAUCUUCAAGAACCAGGGCACAUCCUUCCUGCCUGCAUGGGAACAGCUGAUGCCAUUUUAUGAUGCGUUCAUCACGAGUCAGGACCCUACGCAGCGACAAUGGGCUCUUUGUAUUAUGGAUGAUGUGCUUGAGUUCUGCGGACCGGAGUCCUGGCGCUACCGGGAUCACAUCAUCCAGCCAUUGGCUGCCGGCCUGCAAGACACCAACGCGGCUAACCGCCAGGCGGCAGCUUACGGCGUUGGAGUUGCUGCACAGAAAGGCGGAGAGCCAUGGAGUGAUUUUGUUGCCGCCUGCCUACCAAGUCUCUUCCAGGUAACGCAGUUCAACCAGGCACGGUCAGAAGAGCAUGUUUUUGCUACUGAGAACGCGUCCGCAAGCAUUGCCAAGAUCCUGCACUACAACUCCAGCAAGGUUCCCAACGCGGCAGAAUUGGCUGCCAACUGGAUUGGUACACUUCCUAUCCUCUUUGAUGAAGAGGCUGCACCAUACGCCUACUCUUUCCUAGCGCAAUUGAUCGACCAACAAAACCCCGCGGUCAUGUCAAGUGCAGACCGAGUAUUUGGGUACAUUGUCCGAGCACUUGAUGCCGAAACCCUCCAGGGCCAAACCGCCGUCCGUGUGGCAACCUCAGCGAAGAACCUUGCACAAGCGACGGGCCUAAAUGCUGAGCAGAUCCUCGCAGGGGUGAGCCCGGAAAACCAGGCGGCCGUCCGCAGCUUCUUCCAGUAA